UCCCGGACCGGGGCACGAAGCCGUGUCCCCUGCAUCGGCAGGCAGGCUCUCAACCACUGCUCCACCAGGGAAGCACGUACACGGGCCUCUCACUCUUGUGGCCUCUCCCAUUGUGGAGCACAGGCUCCGGACACGCACCUCAGCGGCCAUGGUUCACAGGCCUAGCCGCUCCGCGGCAUGUGGGAUCUUCCCGGACCGGGGCACGAAGCCGUGUCCCCUGCAUCGGCAGGCAGCCUCUCAACCACUCCACCACCAGGGAAGCCCGCACGUGUAGUUUGUGCAGCCAUCACUACAAUCAGAAUACAGAAUAAUGUCACCCCGCAGAAUUCCCUGAUGAACUCUUAGUUGCAGCAUGCAUGUGAGACCUAGUUCCCUGACCAGGGAUCGAACCUGGGCCCCCUGCAUUGGGAGAAUGGAGUCUUAACCACUGCACCAGCAGGGAAGUUCCAGUUAUGUGUUAUUUUAUUCAUUGGCAGGUUCGUCUCGGCACCAGACAUAAGGCGGUUCAACAUAAUACGCUGGCCCUAAACAGCUCCAGAUGCCAAGAAUUGGCAAAUCACUACUUUGGUUUCAGUGGGUGGUCAAAAAGGAUCAUCAGGCUUCAGGAUCUUUCUAACCUUGAAGAAAGGGAAAAUGAAGCUAUUGUGACACCAAUUCAGAAGCAAAGCCUGAAGUUCUUCUGUGCUUUAGAGGUGGUGUUGCCCUCCCAUAAGUGCAGGAGAACUGAAGUUGUCAUGGCUGAGGAACCUUUGGAUAAGUUGGAGGAAGGGUCAUUAUCAUUCCUUAUGGAAAGGAAGGUAACCCAGAAGCUUGCUGUUCAGAAGGCUAUGACAGAUGCAUUCCAGAAACUGCUGAUUGUGGCUUUAGAAAGUGGUAAAAUAGCUGUGGCCUGUAGACCCUGUGAAGAGGUCACAGAUGCUAGAACCGAAGAGGAACUACAGGAUUUAAUUCAAGUCAGCUACUUUUCUUGUCAGCCCUGUAGCCAAAGGGAGGAAGAAUGUCUCUCAGACUUCAGCUUCGAGGAGGAAGAGUUCAGAUUGCCAGAACUGGACUAGCACUUUGGAAUUUCCCAGAAUGCCACAUCCUGUGGUUUCCUCGGGAAGCUCUGCAUCCUUCCCAACUCCCCUCCACCCCUGGGCUGCUGGAGUUUGGGGCCACUGGGGUCUGCAGCCCAAAUCCCGCCUCAUUGUUUGGGGCCUGGGAGGGCAGGGCGGGGUUGGGAAGGGGGCCCGGCAGGAGGUAAUUGUCACCUUUGCAAGGGGAAGGGUGGCUUGUGCCCUGGGGACUCUGGGAAAAAGGCUCACUCUGGUGGAUCUCCACAGGAGCCUAAUAAAGGUGGAGUAACUACAGAUGUCGUAAAUAACGGGUGGGACAUUAGGUGGGGGAGGGACACGCGGUUGCUAACGGUUGCUAACGGUGAGCCCUCGCGUUGCAGCGCUGGCAUAACGGUUCAGUUCGUCUCUGAAGGAGGAUGUGGCUCUGGCUCCUCACUGGCCUGGGUCGCUGUGCCUGAGAGCGGCCGCAUGUUAUGUCCUGGCUGUGCCUCUGUGUCCCUGCUGCGCCCCACGGCUCCUCCUCACAUGGCAACGACUGUGGCUUCUAGUCCAGGCAGUUCAGCCUCUGGAGUGGGCCCUGGGCCCCGUCCAGGUGACCCCCUACACCCCGCGGCUCACCGAGACUUGGUCUUCAUACGCCUGAGACAGCCCUCCCAAAUUGCCCCAUGCUCUUACACCCCUGGCAGAAGCCGGGGGCUUUAAUUACUUGACGUCCUCGUCUCCAGUCCAGAUGUUGGCCCCACCUCAUCAGGAGUUGACCGAGACUGAGGCUCCAUACCCGGACACGGAUUCCGUUGGAGAGCUCCCUACAGGGCCAGAUCAGUUUGCUGUUCCACAUCAGUAUCUGAAUAACGAGCAAAUCCAACAUUAAAAGCUCCCAGAGGCGGUUCCAGUGCUAGAGUGGGAUCAGAAUCAGCCCUUGGUUCUGCCUCCUCGACACAAAAGUAAGACUAAACACAUAGGUCUAGAUCAGGCUGAAGGUCACCAAUCAUUUGAAAUACUUGUUCCACCUCUAGGUAGUAAGAGCUCAAAACCAAUGAGCUUUAUUGUUUCACCCCCAAACCUGAAGAAAGAUCUAGUUCAGCAUCGACGGCUUGCCAAAGUUGUUGUUGGAACUAUAGGCCAAUUUGAAAAAAAAAACACUCAGGAUCUAGAACAACAGUUGCAGGGUGAUUAUUUACAUCCCAGCAAGGAUGCCUUUUAUCCUGAGGAGAGCAUACCUAGGGAUUUUCUGGGGAGCCCAGAUGAACCUCCAGAGCACCCUGAGGAAGCUGAAAUUUCUGCAUCCCAGCAGGAGGCCCAAACUCGUCA